UAUGCAGUCCUGAACAAAGCCAAAAAUGGGAUUUAAAUUUCUGACUCUUUUUAAGAUUUUUCUCGUAUUAGAAUAUGGAUAACAGCAAAGUAAAUCAAUAGAAUCAUUGCAAACAUAUAAAUGAGUGACGCUGAUAAGUCGGCCCUUUACUCCAACGAAACAGAACUACUAAAGGGAGGAGGUGAAAGUGGAGAUUUCACAGUGAUAGAUUUGGAACAUAUUGGUUCAAUGACCUCCAGUGAAAGUGGUGACUCUAACCAUAGCACGAAUACAAAAUCAAAUCUGCCAGGACCAUCAUCAGUUUCCAAACCUAAGAGAACUUCAUUGGCAUGUAUAAGGUGUCGAGCCCGUCAUAUUAGAUGUCCUGGUGGUGAUCCAUGCAAAAAGUGUCAAUUGGCAAAGACUAAAUGUGAAUAUGUGGAGGCUGAUAAGAAAAUUGUGGUUUCAAUGAAAUAUUUAUCCAAGUUACAUGAUGACAUAGCACGAUUGAAGAAGGAUAAUGCUGUUCUUAGAAACAAUCUAAAAGAAGAAGAGAAUAAACGAAUUAAAAAUAACAUUGUCCAACAGAAUUCAUUCUCAAAUAAUGUUCGUUCAAAUCAACCUUUGUUUAAUAACACUAAUUCAAGUAGAAAUCAACAACCUCCAUAUCAGCCCCAAUUCCAACAACAAUUACAGCAACAACCACAGCAAUCACAACAACAUCCGGUAAACUUUGGGAAUGAGGUGAUCCAACCAUCCUUAGAUAAACAUGGAAGACUAAUACAAUCAAGAACUGGAGAAAAAGUUUACGUGGGAUCAUCAUCAAUGACACUUUUCGGACUUGAGAUUCAAAAUAUGGUUCCAUCAUUUGUAUCAUCUACAUUAUUAACUAGUUCGUCCACAACUACUUCACCAUCUCCAUCACCUCAAAGUGGAAUUACUUCAUCACCAAGAUCUGAUCAUCCAUCAACAUCAACAACGACACGACACAAGAGAGAAACUGAAAUAUUAGAAAAGGAAGGAAAUGCAUAUAGAAUCACCCUUGCAAAGACCAAUACUAGACCCGGAUUGUCUAUAAACUUCACCUUACCAUCAUAUUCAUAUGCAAUGUUAUUAGUGGAUACCUUCAUAAAUUAUAAUGAUGGCUGUUUCUACUUUUUUAAUGAAGGUCUUGUUAAAAGAUUUCUUAUAAAUUUAUAUUCUGGUAGAGCAGCUGAAAAUAGAAAAAUUCUAAAGAGGAAUGUUAAUUCUAAGAAAGAAACUAUAGAAGAAGAAAAUACUAUUAAGAAAGAUGCUGACGAUGAUACUAUUCUUGAAACGAUUUGGUUUUGUAAGAUCUUAUUGAUAUUUGCCAUAGGAGAAAUGUACUUAGGCACAGAAUCAAAUUCACAUAUAACAAAGCUGAUCAUUCAAGAAAAAAUCAGAAAUGAAACUAAAAAGAAUAAAGUUAAAGAAAAGAAAGAAAAGGAUACUUUACCGGGUUCAGGAUUCUUCUAUCAAGCUUCUGAAUUAUUCACUGGUUUAUUCGCAUCAGGAGCCAUUGAUAAUAUAACUAAAGAUGGAGGUACAGAAGUAAUGCUUCUAUAUGCAUUCUAUCUCCAAGUAGCAGACUGUACCAUUGCUUCUUAUUUCUAUUUUGGUUUAGCUCUUCGAGCUACAUUAAUCUUAGGUUGGCAUGUGGAUGCCGACAAGGAAAAUAUCAAUAGAUUUGAAUUGGAGCAUAGAAGAAGAAUCUGGUGGACAGUUUAUAUGUAUGAAAGAAUGCUAUCGUCAAAGGCAGGAUUACCAUUAAGUUUCGCUGAUGACAGUGUAUCUACAGAGUUGCCAAUCGAUUUCGAUAUUGAACCUAACAAGGAUGAUGAUGAUGAUGAUGUUAAAGGUUUCUACAUUUUCCCACCAGCAGAUUAUAUUAAUAACUGUGUUACCAUUACUCAAAUCAAUGCUAUUAUCUUAUCUUCGUUAUAUACCAAACAACCAACCAUAAAUAUCUUACCUGUCGUGUCUGACUUGGUUCAUAAGUUAAUGAAUUGGAAAAGCUCUUUACCCGAGUUUUUAAAAGUCGAUUUUUCUGCAGAUAACGUACGGAUAACUAGAUUGAUAGUGAAUUUGAUGACUGAGUAUUUCCAAGGUAUGAAUUUGGCUGUUCGACCUUUAUUAUUUCAUUUCGCCACUAAAAAACUUAAAGAAUUACAAGUUCAAAACUCUGUUAACAAAUAUGUUGACUUAUCAAAAUAUUCAAAGAAUGUAUUAUUUUUAUUAAAUGCUUCCUUUCAAGCAUCAAUCAAUACCAUAAAGUCAAUUUGGGCAUUAUUACCAGAAAAUAUGGUUGCUCUAUUUGGUUGGAUGGAUAGAGAAUAUUUAUUCACAUCAGCUUCAACAUUAAUCUUAUUUAAUGCAUCUUUCGGAGUCCAUGAUGCCACAAAGGAUCAUUUAGAUCAUGCUUUACAAAUAUUCACAAAAAUGAAAAAGUUAGGAAAUUAUCCUGCUGCCUUAAGACGAGCUCAACUUUUAAAAUUAAUACGAGUUCUCGAUUUUAAUGGAGUUAUGACUGAUUUAUUAGUCAAACAUGAUGAUGAACAGAAGGAAUUCACUGCUUCAACUGAUAACUUGACUCAAAUAGAAGAAGUGAAUCAAAUAUCCAAUUCUAAAAUCAAUGAUGAUCAUCUUAAUCAAUUGGAUAACGAGUUAAAACCAGAUGUGGAAUUAGAAAAUCCAAUUCCAGACAUUUCUGAUCCAAGAGUUACUUCCAAUUUAAGUAGUGAUUCAUUUAAUUUCAGCUUCUCCUUACCAACUAAUGCACCUAGCGGUAGUGGUGAUAUCUACAAUUCUGAUUUGAAAGGUAUUGAAGGUUUGACCUAUUUGGAUGAUGAACAACAACUUUGGAACGAAAUUACACAUGAUGCAGGUUGGCUUAACGUAGGAGGACCAGAACCACAUCAAUCAUAUGAUUCGAACGAUAGAGAAGAUAUCAUACAAUCAAACCCAAUUAAUGCCCAUGCCCCACCAAUAAAUCUUGACUUUGGUAUUAGUCAAGGUCACCCUCAACCUCCACCACAAACACAACCUCAAGUUAACCGAGGCUACAAUAAUAUAUAUGCUAAUACAUCCUCCGGUGGAUAUGGAGACUUAAUUAACCAAGAAUUUCAUGAUUUAAUGGAUCAAACUUAAUAGAUACAUUGUGUAUAGAUACAAAUUA